AUGGCUGCAUUACUGAAAAAAAGAGCAUUAGCUGAAUAUAACAAAUCUUUUCAAUUUCAAGAGUCAGAUGUAGAAGAGGCUAUUAAAAAGCUGUCAGAGCAUUUCCAGUCUGAGGAGGAAUCUGUUGUUAGAGUAAAAAUUUUGUGGUUGUUUUGUGACAUUGGAUUGGAAUGUCCAGGUGCCAAUUUGAACAAUUUGAUAGAAGAGACAAUACAUUUGAUUAAAAAUGAAACUUCUCAUAAGGUUAUAGCACAGGGUGUUGCAACAUUGUUAAAGUUGGGCACAAAAUUGAGUGAUGACAAGAUUUUGAUGAUGCGUUUGGUGAAUGUGGCAAAAGACAAUCUUAAAGACACAAGUCACUCAGUGAAAUGUAGAUGUCUGCAGCUAAUUAGUGAACUGUACCCGAUAUACCCAGAGUCAGAUAGAACACAGGAGAUGACUCUGGAAGCGGAUGUUAUUGUCAAAUUACUGGGAGAUUAUUCCAAUGCUGAGGAUGCAAGAGUUAGAUGUGAAGCAUUUCAAUCACUUCUUACAUUACAUGAGAGAGGCCAGACCCUGAAUGCGUCUUUGUAUGAACAUGUAUGUGAAUCACUAUCAGAUGAUUAUGAAAUUGUCAGAGAAGUGGCACUGAGGCUUGUUUGGCUCCUAGGAAACAAAUAUCCGGAGAAUUCAGUAACGUUGCCCGAUGGCGAUACGACGAUUCGAAUGGUGGACGACGCUUUCAUACGCAUCUGUUCCGCCGUGAACGACCUGUGCAUGCAAGUGCGGGCGCUGGCAUGUUCGCUGCUAGGUAGCACUCGUGCGGUAUCCGAUCGAUUCCUGCUGCAGACCCUCGACAAGCAGCUAAUGAGCAACAUGAAGAAGAAGCGCACGGCGCACGAGAGGGGGGCGGAGUUGGUGCGCAGCGGCGCGUGGGCGAGCGGCCGCCGGUGGGCGGACGACGCGCCCGGCCAGCUGGUCGAGCAGGACAGCGUGCAGCUGCUGCCCGGCGGGGCGGCGGGCGCCUUCGUCCACGGCCUGGAGGACGAGCUCAUGGAGGUCCGAACGGCGGCGGUGGACGCCGUGUGCCAGCUCUCGCUGGAGAACGCCACCUUCGCGACCACAUCGCUGGACUUCCUUGUCGACAUGUUCAACGACGAGAUCGAGGACGUGAGGCUGAGGGCGAUCGACAGCCUAACGAAGAUAUCGCACCACAUCAUACUGAGGGAGGACCAGUUGGAGAUCAUACUGGGAGCGCUCGAGGACUACUCGAUGGAUGUCCGUGAAGGGUUGCACAGGAUGCUGGGCUCCUGCACGGUAGCAUCAAAGACGUGCCUCGAGAUGUGUAUCGAUAAAAUUUUAGAGAAUCUCAAGAGAUAUCCGCAGGACAAAAGGUCUACAUUCCGUUGCGUGCAGCGUAUGGGCAGCUCCCACGCGUCGUUGGUGCUGCCUCUGACCACCCGCCUGCUGGCCGUCCAUCCCUUCUUCGAUAUGCCCGAGCCCGACGUGGAGGACCCUGCCUAUAUGUGCAUACUGAUUCUGGUGCUGAACGCCGCUCAGCACUGCAACACGAUGCUGCCACUCUUCGAGGAGCAUACGAUCAAGCAUUACACUUACCUAAGGGACACCAUGCCUCAAUUGGUGCCGCACCUGCCCAUCGGCGAGUCCCAGUUCUCGCGCACGGAGCGAAGCGAGGCGGCCAUAGACGAUAGCGCAGUGAGACGCUUCUUCGACACGGUGCUCCAGCACAUCGACAACGUAACACUGUCGUCGAACGUGCGACUAAACAUGCUUCGCUCGGCCGAGGAACAGCUGAACAAGCUGUCCGAGAUGGAGCCGCUGGUGUCGGGCGCGGCCAUCUUCACGGCGCUGUUCGCGCGCUGCGUUCUCUCGCUGCACGACGCGCUGCUCGACGCGAACGGCCCGCCGCCCCACGCCCUCGCACAGCUCACCACCGAUUGCCUCCGUCUCCAGCACCAGUUCAGCGCGGUCACAGAGCAGGAGAGCGCGUGCGUGGGCCAGCUGGCGCUGCGCGUGGCGGCCGCGCGUCUGUGCGCGCCCGACGCGGUCGCCGCCGCCACCGCCUCGACCACGACCACCGGCGCGACCACGACCACGACCACGGCCACGACCAACACGACCACCGCCGCCAUGUCCGCCGCGGCGGCGCUCACGCACCACGCGGAAAUGCUGGAUCGCCUGCUCGUGUCCGCUGGCGUGGAGCCGGACCCGUUCACGAUCGCGGUGUUCCAGCAGCUGUCGGCGGCCGGCGACCACAAGCCGGCGGUGCUGGCGCGCGCCCUCGUUCCGCUGCUGCAGGCCGCGCCGCUGCCCCUCAUACCGAAGCCCAACCUCAAGAUCCGCAUGUGCACGGCGACAAUACUCGAGCCGGCAACCGACAACGACACGGUGCUGCGCUUCAGCGCGGGCCUGAUCGCGGGCGUCGCCCUCGAGGCGGAGGUGCUGCGUGUGCGCGACCCGGCCGCGGUGCGCGUGCGCGUCGCCUACCCGGACCGGCGGGUGCACGCGCUGGUGCCGCAGCGCGACCACCUGCGGCCCCUCGACCACCUGGACAACAACGACGACGGCACGCAGAACGUGCGGCUGCUGACAAAGGUGCUAAUAUCGCACGGCGUUUGGACCGAGCCGUGCGGCGUUGACAUAUCGAUCUGCCUCGCCGUUGAGGAGACCGGCGGCAGGGAAGUGGCCCCGCUAGUCGAGCUCUGCCGCCCGGUGCGCGUCACCGUCGCGCCGAAACCGAUCAAGAGGGGCAUA